ACCAGAAGCACUUGGUACAAACCAAGUGCGUGAAGCAAGUGUAUAUUUUGGCGACCAUUGGGAUUUUGUCGAAUUGUCGUCUUCCCGCGCACGGAAACGAUAUGCUGGAGCUAGUGCGCUACGUGAACAUCGCGAUUGAAGAUUAAGGCCUUAUUCAAAUCCAUCUCCCUCAGUACCCAAAUCCAUCUCCCUCAUUACCCAAAUCCAUCGUUCCUGAUCGUUUCCCUUCCAUCCGCCUCACUAGGCUUAGCAGUUCCACGGCCGCCCCUCGGGGUACAUUUGUGAAACUGUACCGUCCCGCUGGUGGUCAAAGAGUACCACUGUAGGGACGUCAAUCAAUCAAUCCAUCUCCCCAUGAGCAUCUUGGAACUCAUUGUUCCACAACGGGAGAACAGCUCCAUGUCCAAGAUGAGUCCUAAUAUGGAUUUGGGCGAGCAGCUCUAAGAAGAGUACCAAAGGAACCUUUUAGCCUAUGUGGGCUUAACGGAAGCAACGCGAAAGCUGCAAGACGCCAGGACUAGCAUUGUGUUACGUCGCACCCAUGAAAAUUUCAACUUGGAAGACGCCAAUCCACAUGGCGGAAAGACGGGUUUUAAUAUCGAGCUCCUGCAGGAGUUGAGAUCCGACGUUGAUCGUCGUUUUUUCGCCAACCACUUUGCGAAUCAGAUGCUACGGUUAAUGCGCAAUCCUCUUGUGGAGCAUACGGUUUUUCUCACUGACGAGGUGUGCGUCCGGCACGGACAUGCCGGGACUGUUGUGACGGAUGGCACAGAAGACGAGGAGGAGUUCAAGGUUAAGGGGAAUGAAUGUCGACUCAUCUUUGUUUGGAGCAUCAACAUUCUAUCUUGGGUACAGGACAAGUUUUCAAGUACUCGGAAAAAAUAUUUCAAAGAUGUUAAAAAUCCUCUAUAAAAGAAGUGUAAUUCUAAGUGCCUUGUCUGAAACCUUCUACCUAACCUAUCUAAAAACUACAAGGCGAAGAAGGUUAACACUGG